GCAAUAACCAGGAGUCUGAGCUUGCAGUACUCAAAAUUGUAGAUUAUAUCCGCGAUGGUGCGACGAUCGUGUGUGACACAGAAUGUACUCCAGCUCCAAAAAGCUUGUGCACAUGUCAGUGGCGGAAAGGAAAGCACAUCGGAUAGCUUUAAUUCAGAUAGAUGUUCUACUUUCAUUUGCACGGCUUGUGCACGGAAACCCGGUUCAGGAUUAACGAGCCUACUAUGCAAUCCAAGGUCGAGAGAUAAUACAUCGGUACAUGGCAAGAGUCUACUUUAUGGCGUUCAUAUCAACGGUGAUGCUACAAAGUUUGAAACCGAUUUUGGAUCACGACUCGAUGAUACACUGGAGCUCACCACAUACGCCAAAAUCAUUGGAUUUGUGCCUAAUACACAGCGCAUGAUGAGCCUUACUAACAUAUGCAUCCAUACCUUAGGUAAAACUAUACCCAAGCCAGACAACAUAAGGCUGGGUGAUCGGGCUCAGCGUUGUGAUCUGAAUAAAGACCAAAAAAAAUAUGCAACAAUCGAUGUUCUGUCAGUGCUGCGUAUAUUAUCGAGUUCGGGAAUACGCUACGUAAAAAGGCGUGUUCUGUCGGCGACACUAGAAUGGUGAAAAC